AUGGGCACCGGGUAUGGAAUGGGUAGCGGGUAUGGAAUGGGUAUGGACCCAUACUGUAUGAGUGGCAUGUACGGCGGCUACGGUGGACUCGGCAUGGGCGGUAUGUAUGGCGGUCUUGGAAUGAUGGGCAUGGGUGGGUUAGGCAUGUAUGGCAUGGGCAUGACCCCCGAGGCGCAGCGUGCCCAGAUGAUGAUGUUCAUGACGAGCCGCAUUAUGGAGUUGUGGGGCAUGUUUUCGCAAGUCAUGCAGAUAACGCUCGGCAGCGCCGUUCAGUUUGUUGGCGAGUAUGUCGGCAUCACUCAGCGCAUGGGACAGCUGGAAGAGGAGAACCUGAAUCACGAGGAGCGCUACAUGAGUCGCAAGUACGAGCUACGCAAGGCACUCUCUGAUAUACCGCGUGAACAGCGGUAUAUGCCGAGGCGAACACGGAUCCGCAAGCCGAAGAAACUCUCCUUUCUCCGCCACUUCAUCUUUCGUCUGCUUCGCCACGUCGUCAUCUUUGCGGCUGCCUACUUCCUCUCAAAGCGGGUUACAUCCUUGUUGAUGGACCGCUACGGUAAGAAGCUGCUGAGUGCGUCCGGGCCCGAGGCGCUGGCCCCCUCUACCGCCUCUAAGACUAGCCUCUAA